CUUUACAGCUACCCGCCCUAACUAUCCCUCCCUCUAAACAAUCCCAACCCGAUAAUGAUCUUUUCCCGGUGAUCCUACACCGAAGCAAAAUAAUGCGGAUACGCAAACCUUUCGCUGGCGUGUUCCUGGGCAUAUGCCUCAUAGCUGCACUCGCGGGCUUCUCGCCGCCGACCUACUCAAUCCCGCAGUAUAAGCAGAGCGACAAAGCACUGCAUUUCCUCGCCUUCUUCCUACUUACAAUAUCCUUCUACUGGAUCCUUGAAACAAGUCGGAGAAAAGUACUGCAGUUGACCUUUACAGUCUGUACUGUAGGAUUAGGCUUCGCGAGUGAGAUUGUCCAGGGCUUGUUGCCGAUCCAUCGCGAUUUCGAUUACUACGAUGUUGUUGCGAAUAUGCUUGGCUCGAUGUUGGCGCUAGCACUGUGUAACUGGUACCAUAAACGAAUGUUAGAGAGAAAACGGGCGGCCCGUAGUUAUGCUGCUGUUGCUGGGGAUGAUAUCGAUGAAAGAGAUGUUGAACUUGGUGAGAGCAUUGGGCAACAAGAAUCAGGAGUCCUGAGACCUUCCGGGACCGCUUCCGUGGAGGAAGAGCUGGAUCAUUGGGAUGAGAACGCAGAGGAUUGGGAAGACACUGAUGUUCCUGAGACUUCGAACGCACAAGCCAAUGGACACGAUAGCGGAGGAGACAUAGGUGUAGCGGACACGAAACGGAAUGAUUGAAAUGAACUGAAACGGAUGUACGGUUUCUAGCGGCCAUAUCUAGGCGUUUGUUUGCUUGUUUGAAUAUGGAUACCAAUACCAGAACUAAUAUGCUUUCACACUCUGUAUUAUAA